AUGGGAUUCUUAAAGAGAUCGCAGGCUUCCCUUUGUUAUUGGUGGAGUUACUGUGAUACUGUAUUAGAGGGCUUUUAUGACACUCUUAUCCCAAAUAAAAGUGCCCUCAUCAUUUGCAGAGCCAUAUCGCUUUUACUUACUUAUAUAACUGCUAUACUUGGUCUUUACAAACAUCUCAAUUUUGACGAUGAAUCGACUGAAGAUUUUCUCGCUAUUGUUGCACACAUGUUUACUAAAAAGCUCGGCAGUUUAUACUUGGCCGCUUUCGACUUGUUUGAUAUCUUUAAUGAAUCAAUAUGGCUUCCUAUUUAUCAUACUAUAGACAAUGCUAUUGAAACAUGUCUUGGGUACUGGUUCCCUCACAAAAAUAUCGUAUGCUACCAACAUACCUCUAUGCCUGAUCAGUCUGAUUUUUUUCUUGAUAAGUUAGCCAGGCUGUUACAUCUGAAAGCGGAAAGCAAAAGAAUAGAAGAGAUCAGAUGCAUCGAUAUUGGCUCUGCCAACCAAAAAGACUAUUCCAGUACUCUAUUCUUGUAUCUUUUCGCUAUCAUUUUUUUGCUUUUCAAGAUCAAUCAACUUUUAAAGGCUUUAGAUAAAUACAAUGGUAUAUUGAAAAAUAAGCAAGUCAAAUAUAUACACAUGCCGCAAGAAAAUAAAUCGCUUUUAAGGCAUAAACCUCCCAAAAAAAUUAGGCGAUAUAAAAAGGUUGUUCCUCCCCAAAACGAAACUGCUCCUCAAAACGAAACUCUUUUACAAAAAGAAGCCGCCCAACAAGAAGCCGCCCAACAAGAAGCCGCCCAACAAGAAGCCGCCCAACAAGAAGCUGCCCAACAAGAAGCUGUCCAACAAGAAGCCGCCCAACAAGAAGCCGCCCAACAAGAAGCCGCCCAACAAGAAGCUGCCCAACAAGAAGCUGUCCAACAAGAAGCUGCCCAACAAGAAGCUGCCCAACAAGAAGCUGUCCAACAAGAAGCUGCCCAACAAGAAGCUGCCCAACAAGAAGCUGCCCAACAAGAAGCUGCCCAACAAGAAGCUGCCCAACAAGAAGCCUCUCUACAGGAAGAAACUUCCUCACAACAAGAAGCUAGUCAGGCGAAAGAACGCAUACAGCCAAAAGAGACUAUUAUGUCGCAUAAAGACAAUAUCCCUUUAUCUGAGCAAAAUAACCAGUUGGAAACGGAUGAUAAAAAGGAAGGUCGUUUAUCUGAAGAGAGUAUCGAUACUAAACAGGAGAAAAAUGCUUUACUUGACAAAAGUAUGGAUUUUCAACGUCCAAAAGAUGAUUUGCGCAUAGGAAAAACAGGUUCUCAACGUAAUGAUAUAUCACCUGAAGAAAGUGUUGAUACAAAAAUAGAGGAAAAUACUGCAACAGAAGAAAUUACCCAUGGCGUUCCACACAAGGAUGAUACUUUAGCGGAAAAUGUUGUGAACGCUCUACCCGAGGAAGCUACUGAGCUUAAUAAAGAUGGUGAUCGUAUACAUAAACCGAUUAUGAUGGCUGAUAAAGAAGCUACCGAAUAUCGUAUCAAAGUGCGCGACAAAUUUCUUCAAAGUCCGACCCAUAAAUCAUAA